GAGAAUCAUGUGUUCUCUCAGUAACGUCGCGGCACUCGUCUUGAGCUCAUCCGCGCUAAUCUAGAAUCACUAACUUCCAUAAUUUUGUGUACCUCACGCUGGAAGAAAAAAAAUUAUCCAAAAAUUCAUCAAGUCCCACCCUCACACGUCUCCCAAUCCCGACGAGACCUUGAAACGUCGGAAGUGCCAGAGUAAAAAAAAAAAUCAGGGAGACCCAGUGCUCCCGAAAAAAAAAAAUCUAGAACAUUCAACGUUUGAAAACGAAAGAGAAAAAAAAAACGUGUUUUAUCGAAUUUCUACGAGUGAUCAAGUGCAAUUCAAAUUGUUCCGGCUACAUUGAGCCCUCAGUGGUGGGAAAAAUUUGAACAAAAAAAUGAGAUUUAUGUGUACACGAUGGUAGAAUCACUGAGUGAGAGGGAGAUGAGGAUAAUAAAAGUCAAAUAGAGAGUAAAGUGCGUCGUCGAUCGUUCGACUACGGGGCGUCCGUGUCUCUCUGUGUCUGUGUCUUUUUUUUUUUUUUUGGUUUAACCCGAGAACAAAAAAAAAUUUUGAGCAUUCAUUUCCGCACAUGUGUACGCCUUAAAAGAGCUAAAAAUAAAUGUAGAAAACGUCACCAUAUUAUGCUGAAUUAAUUGAAAAAAUUUUCCAAUAAUAAUUUUAGAUUAGAAUUUUUGUUUACUGGUGUUUUUUUAUUUGUGAAGUUUCAUUCUCAGUGAUUAUGACCGAGGAUAAUUGAAUGGUCUUAAUACGCUUGGGAUUACCAUGCUAGCUGUGGCCACGAGUUCCAGGUGGCCGCAGUCAGACGCUCAUUCAGAUGCACCAAAAUACUGUUCUCAAUAUGACAGAAAAAUAGAAGUGAAAAUACAAGCAUCUUCUCAUCGAUGCCAAUUUGCCAUGUUUAGGUGAGCGGGGAGGUAGGCGCUGACCGGUGGCGGCGGCGGCCAUGCGCCCCGGCCCGCCAUCAUCGAGCCGUCGCAGGCCUGCCCGUCGCCAGCAACACCAGCAUCCGUACAACAGAACAAGUAAUCGUCAUCAUCACCAUCGGAUUCUAGGCGAUAUUGAUAGCACUGAAACGUGGGCGAUCUUGUUUCUACUGCUACUCGUGUCGGGUCCCUGUCUCGCACUUAUUGAGACAUCACACAAUCAAACGGAUCAUUUGGAAUCUAGAACAAUUGAUCUCCAAGGAACGAAUAAAUCAUUGGUAUUGGAUCGUGUCGAUAAAAAGCCAAGAAAUUUAACUAUCGGAUAUUUAACGGCUAUUAAAGGUGGUCUCAAGGAUAGACAGGGACUCGCUAUAUCUGGGGCUAUAUCGAUGGCGCUUGAUGAGAUUAAUAAUGAUCCAAAUAUACUGCCGGACGUGAGGCUGGUGAUGCGGUGGAACGACACUCGGGGUGAGACUGUUGAUGCUACAAGAGCAAUGGUCGACAUGAUUUGCGACGGUGUUGCUGCAUUUUUUGGACCGGAAGGCUCGUGCUACGUCGAGGCAAUUGUAGCACAAUCGAGAAAUAUACCGAUGAUCAGUUAUAAAUGCUCCGACUACAAAGCCUCGAAAGUGCCAACAUUCGCCCGGACCGAGCCACCCGAAACACAGGUAACCAAGUCACUGAUAGCCCUACUGUUGCAUUACGGUUGGAACAAAUUCACGAUAAUAACCGAGAGUGCGUGGACAACAGUGGCAAAAUCCCUGGAGAAUCAGGCUACCAAGAACAACCUCACGGUGAAUCACUACAAAACCGUUGAAGAUCGUCACACAUGUUGCGAGGAUCGUUUGCCCUGUUGUCACGCUGGGGUUUGGUUCCAGUUGAUACAAGACACCAAGAAUAUGACACGUAUAUAUAUAUUUCUCGGUACACCAUUAUCAUUAAUUGAACUUAUGGCGGCAAUGCAGAAUCAGAGAUUACUUGAUAAUGGUGAAUACAUGGUUAUUUACGUUGAUAUGAUGACAUAUUCGCCUAAAGAGGCGGAAAAGUACUUAUGGAGGCCAGAUGAUUAUGAUAAAGGACAAAGUUGCCUGGAGACAAAGGAUUUUCUCAAACGUGCUAGAUCACUAAUGGUUGUUGCAUCUAGUCCACCCAACCAGAGUUACGAAGAAUUCACUAAAAAAGUGAGGGAUUACACGUCUAAAGAGCCAUUCACUUUUCCAGUACCUGAUUUACUGAUGAAAUACGAGAAGUACGUGUCUAUUCACGCCGCUUAUCUGUAUGAUUCGGUGAAGCUUUAUGCUACCGCAUUGGAUCAACUGAUUCGUCAACAGCCUGAGAGCAGUCUUGAGGAAAUUGUUAGCAAUGGAACGCUCAUUAUUGAGACUAUUAUCAAGAGACAUACGUAUCAGAGCGUGGGUGGACAAACGAUUAAACUGGAUAAAGCAGGUGACUCAGAGGGAAAUUUUUCAGUACUAGCUCUGAAGAAAGACCCCUUAGCCCGGGGAAAUUUCCUCUGUGAAUUUCAAAUGAAGCCAGUUGGGCAAUUUCAACAGGGUGAAACUCUAAUGUACAGGCCAUCUGAGUCCAUGGAAUGGCCGGGAAAAAAUAAACCAGAGGCUGAGCCGGGCUGUGGAUUUUUGAAUGAACACUGUCCCAAAGAUGAUACACAUCUACGUAGUAUCGUUGCCGCGGGUAUUCUUGCUGUUCUACUAUUUUGCGCUGCUGUUAUCACCAUGAGUAUUUACAGAAGAUGGAAAAUUGAACAGGAAAUUGAGGGUCUACUUUGGAAAAUAGAUCCUAGUGAAAUUCAUGGAUAUCCACAUUUGGAUAAUCUCAUGUCAUCACCUAGUAAAUUAAGUUUAGUUAGCGCAAUGUCAUACGAGUCAAGAUGCGGUGGCCAAGUUUUCGCCCAGACUGGUCAUUACCACGGUGUUGUAGUGCGAAUAAAAGAACUCAAAUUUUCUAAAAAAAAAGAUAUAUCACGCGAUGUAAUGAAGGAGAUGAGAAUUCUACGGGAAAUAAGGCAUGGAAAUCUCAAUUCUUUCAUCGGUGCGUGUGUCGAGCCCAUGAGGAUACUAUUAAUUACCGAUUAUUGUGCCAAAGGAAGUCUUUAUGACAUAAUUGAAAAUGAGGACAUAAAAUUAGACGAUAUGUUCAUUGCGUCAUUAGUUCAUGAUCUCAUUAAGGGUAUGCUGUAUAUUCAUGAAUCUUCAGUGCUAGUCUGUCAUGGUAAUCUCAAAUCGUCAAAUUGUGUUGUAACAUCACGAUGGGUACUGCAAGUGUCUGAUUUUGGUCUUCACGAUAUGAGACACUGCGCCGAGUCGGACAGUAUCGGUGAACAUCAGUAUUUUCGAAAUCUGUUCUGGAAGGCGCCAGAGUUGCUGAGGAGCUCCACCGCCCCAAUAAGGGGUACCCAAGAGGGUGACAUUUAUUCAUUCGCCAUAAUUCUCUUCGAGAUAAUAGGGAGAAAGGGUCCCUAUGGUGGAGUCGACCUAGAGCCCAAAGAAAUAAUUGAGCGCGUGAAGCGAUACCCGGAGGACGGUGAACCACCCUUUCGUCCAAACAUCGACGUUCUGUCUGAAUCAGAGACUGAUUGUGCUGAUUAUAUCCUAAGUACGAUAACUGAUUGCUGGUCAGAGAGCCCAGAGUUGAGGCCAGACUUCAAAAUGAUAAGAAGCAGACUUGCCAAAAUGAAGGCUGGUAGACAUAGAAAUAUUAUGGAUCAGAUGAUGGAUAUGAUGGAGAAGUAUGCCAAUAAUCUCGAGGAUCUAGUCAGUGAGCGCACGCGCCUUCUCUUCGAGGAAAAACAGAAAACUGAGGAUUUGUUGCAUCGAAUGCUACCAGAGCCUGUGGCUAAUUGCCUAACGAAUGGAAUUGGUGUGGAGCCAGAAGCAUUCGAUCUAGUGACAAUAUACUUCAGCGAUAUCGUGGGAUUCACAGCAAUGUCUGCUGAGAGUACACCUUUUCAGGUUGUUAAUUUUCUCAACGAUCUUUACACGAUUUUCGAUCGGAUAAUCAAGGGGUACGAUGUCUACAAGGUUGAGACCAUAGGGGAUGCCUACAUGGUGGUAUCAGGAUUGCCAUUGAAAAAUGGUAACAGACAUGCUGGUGAGAUAGCUUCAAUGUCCCUCGAGCUUCUGAACGCGGUGAAACAGCAUACGAUAGCCCACAGACCACAAGAGACUCUAAAACUUCGAAUAGGAAUUCAUACAGGCCCAGUUGUGGCUGGUGUUGUUGGCCUGACAAUGCCCCGAUACUGUCUCUUCGGUGACACUGUUAAUACAGCAUCAAGAAUGGAAUCUAAUGGAGAAGCUCUGAGAAUUCACAUAAGUGCCCAGUGCAAAGAAGCCCUGGACAAAAUUGGUGGUUAUAUUAUCGAGGAGAGAGGACUGGUCCAUAUGAAGGGAAAGGGAGACGUCAAGACUUAUUGGCUUGUUGGGGCUAAUGAAAAAGCGAUUCAAAAGAGAGAUGUGGACGUGGGUGAUCUCGCUCCACUUUUCUGCCGACCCCGUCGAAGCCCGAAAUUGAAUCCGGACUCCCGUCAAGCAUCCCUCUUGGGAGGUCUCGGUGCGGGUUCACGACGUACGAGUGCCGUACCCCGACCGAGCCCCGACGACUCAGCCUCCCAAUGUGGUAACACCAGCCCAGUACCCCGCCACCUACGACUCGGAAAACUGGAGCGAAAUCCCCUCUUUCUCAUUGACAGCCUCUCAAAAACUACCCUGGACAAUUUAACAGUUAGCGAGGAGGCUGAAAUAAGAGCUGCAAACAUAAAACUAGCCCUUGACGAUCUCUUCCUCGAGGGACAACCAAAGUUGAAUAAAAACGCUAGAGUAUUGUCGACAAUUGCCUCAUCCUCGACGACCUCUGACUACCCCUCGACAAUAAUUCGUGAGUCCAAAUCACUGGAUCCAUUCCCCAGUGAUUUUAAUCAGGAAUCUUCACACUUGGGAUGGAAAGAACCGAAGAAGAGCUUUCGAUCACUAGAGAAUUGUGAGAAAUUCAGUAGUUCGAAGGAACAUCUGACGAGUCUCAACAACAAUUAUCCCAAUGGGGAUGUCAUUCACAAGGAGAACUUUCAGGAGGAAGUGGAUAUUCCCCUUCUGGGUAAUGAUGAAACGGGGACGAGUGAGGGGGAGGGAUUAGGGAGUGUGAAGAGGUGGAGAUCCUUGGAUCACAUGGUGACGAAUGUCAGUGGGGAUGGGGUGCCCGAUAAGAAGAGCUCGGCGAGAAAUUCCAUAAGAAGUUGGUUGGUUAAUUUGUUCAAUGGAAAUGGACUGAGAAGCAGCGAAGUAUCGAUAAGGAGGGGUGUCAUUGCUGGGUAUGAACUGCAGGGUGAGAGGGAGAGUAUCGUUUGAAGAGAAGUCAAGAGAUAAAAGGGCUUCAUAAUUUUUGAGAAUUAUUCUGAGAGGAUUAGGACUUUGAAAUUAGAAGAAUCAAGAUGCGAGAAUGACCUGAUAAAUUUACACUUCGAGGUGGGAAAAAUCUUCCCAACUUUGGGGGAGAAUAUUACUGAUCAAGGGUGCCAGUUGUGAUGGGUGUUACGACAGUGGAGGAACGAUAAGAGCAUCACUAACAAAUAAUUAAAUUCUUAUGUUGCCAUUUUUUACUCGGGUAAUUUUCAUUGCAUGUGAAUCGUGAUUAAUUGACAAGAAUAUUUAUUGAUGAAUUUGAAUGUUUAGAAAGCUCCUUAGAAGAUUCGACAGAUAUUUAUUAAUACGGAGUGAGAUGAAACGUGAAUAAUCGGUGGUGAAGUGGUGGAGAAGAAGGAAUUCAAUUUUUUACGGGUUCUCAAAUGUUUAAUUUUCGCAGAAAUUUAAUUUUCUGUGGAAGAAUUCCGUUGAUAUUUUUUCUUCAAGCUAAUGGUAUGCGAGAUAAUUGUAAUACUGACGAAAAUAAUUUUCUUGAAACGUGAAUUAUCUCGACAAUCACUGGUUUCAAGAAAAAAAAAAAUGUCAAGGUCUGUUGAGGGUUCCAUUGAAGCACUUGUCCUCGAGAUGAAUGGGCCAUUAAUAAGAAUGAAAAUUGUGUCAGACAGUUCCACAAAUCAUUGGAAUAAUUCAACGAGUUUGUUUUACCCCUUUACCACUGAAAUAUCGAAUGAAAAUAGAGUGACAGUGGAAUGUCCAAGAUGACUAAUCCAUUGCACUGAAAAUUUCCCGAAAUUUAUUGUUUUUAUCGAGGAACAACGAUUAGUUAAGUGCAAUUUUUAUGUACAUGAUUUACAGUUACCGAAAGUGUAUAGUUCCAUUCAACCCUAUAUUUUUGUUUAAUUUUUUAUCGAAAGUAUGUGACACGGGUCGUUUAUGUUUCAUUUAGCCCUGCCCAAAGUUUCAACUUUUCAUUUGAUCGAAAUCUCUCAAUAAACGAGAAAUAUCGGGUUGUGAGUCACGGAAUCAAAAUUAUUUUUUUUCUAUAAACUCUUUGAGAUAAAACUAUAGCAAAUUCAUAAGAAUAAUUUCCAAUAUUUUAGUCAUUCGAAAGAAUAUUCAAACUCUGAUGAAAAUAUUGAAGUCGACAUAGUGUUCUUUUUUUUGUUGAUUAUCAGUUAUCAUCACACAAAUACUUCUGUUUAUUUUUGUUCACUGAAGGAAAGCAAAUUCUUCGUAUGGCUGUGAAAAGUGAACUAUAAUUUGUACCUAAGGUGCUUAGUUUAAUAAAAAAAAAAUCAUGGAAAACCGAUAAAAAAAUUAUGUCUAAAAUAUUCCUAAGUAACUAAUUAUAAUGAAAAUUUACAAAUAUAGAUACGUAAGCUUGUAAAGAUUAAGAACAAAAGAACCGACGUCAACUGUAUAUAAAUUGAAUAAUAAUAUAUCGAUGUAAAGAUAAUUGUGUAAAUUUAAAGAAAAAAAAAGAUAAGAAAAAACUGACGUGAAAGACAAAA